AUGGCCAAUUUCCUCGCCUCGAUCUUCGGCACGGAGCUUGACAAGGUCAACUGCUCCUUCUACUUUAAAAUCGGCGCCUGCCGUCACGGCGACCGCUGCUCGCGAAAGCACGUCAAGCCCUCGUACAGCCAGACCAUCCUCAUGCCGAACCUGUACCAGAACCCGGCCUUCGACCCCAAGAACCGCAUGAACCCGUCGCAGCUGCAGAACCACUUCGACGCCUUCUACGAGGACAUCUGGUGCGAGCUCUGCAAGUACGGCGAGCUGGAGGAGCUCGUCGUCUGCGACAACAACAAUGACCACCUCAUCGGAAACGUGUACGCGCGGUUCAAGUACGAGGAGUCUGCCCAGCAGGCGUGCGACACCCUGAACAGCCGCUGGUACGCCGGCCGCCCCAUCUACUGCGAGCUCAGCCCCGUCACCGACUUCCGCGAGGCCUGCUGCCGGCUCAACUCGGGCGAGGGCUGCGUGCGCGGCGGAUUCUGCAACUUCAUCCACCGCAAGAACCCGAGCGACGAACUCGAGCGCGACCUCGUCCUCAGCACCAAGAAGUGGCUCAAGCUCCGCGGCCGCGACGAGCGCAGCGUCAGCCGCUCCCCCACGCCCGAGCCCACGAGACGCAGAUGA